AGAAGAAGAAGAAAUUCCAGGUCCGUCAUUCUCAAUCCUCCGGGUGUCUUCCAUCAUGGCCGUACCUGCAGGAAGAUCUGUGGUUUUCGUAACUGGAAAUGCUAAAAAACUCGAAGAGGUUAUUCAGAUUCUGGGAGACAAGUUUCCUUAUAAACUAAUCUCAAAAAAGAUUGACUUACCUGAAUACCAGGGAGAGCCUGAUGAGAUCUCCAUACAAAAGUGCAAGGAAGCAGCAUGGCAGAUUGAUGGACCAGUUAUAGUGGAGGAUACGUGUCUGUGUUUCAGGGCUUUGGGAGGCCUGCCUGGUCCAUACAUAAAAUGGUUCCUGGAUAAACUCAAACCAGAAGGCCUGUACAAACUUCUUGCAGGGUUUGAAGAUAAAUCAGCUUGGGCUCUCUGCACGUUUGCAUUCUGUGCUGGAAAAGAUGAGAAAGUGCAGCUUUUCAGAGGAAUCACAGAGGGGCAAAUCGUUGAACCCAGAGGCCCCCGAGAUUUUGGAUGGGAUCCUUGUUUCCAGCCUAACGGAUAUGACAAAACAUAUGCUGAACUGCCCAAAGAUGUGAAAAAUUCAAUCUCUCAUCGCUACCGGGCUCUGGCCUCCAUGUCUGAGCACUUUGUUCAACUAAACAAUACCUCACCAGAGAGUAAGAAGAAGAAACAGGAUGACUAAGCUGUCGUUUUAGGGCAAUUUAUGUUUCUGGAUUGUAUUAAACUUGAAUUACGGACAGUGCUCCUCAUCAAUGAAGCAUUUUUCAUUGAUUGUUUAACAGAAGUGUAACAGAAACCAGACUUCUGAUCACAGUAUCGACUUGCAUAAUAAGAAUUAUGCUGUAUAAUAUGUGCUUCCUCUUGUUUUAAUACAGUUCUUUUAUCAAUUUUUAAA